AUGUCGGGUCAAAAGGGUUUCGCCUCAGGGGCGGCCGGCGAAGGCGCCAAUGCCGAUCAUGAGGCGAGGGGAUCCGCAGGUCUCCACCACCGCGGUGGCCUCAGCUCCAACGGAGAAUCUAAGGGAGCCAACGCCGAUGUCAAAAUUGCGUUGGGCGUGGAGACGCCCGCCGCAGUGGCUGCGGGCAAGGAUGUCGAUGGCGCGGCGGCAGCAAACGCACCAGUGGCCAUCGUCGAGCACGUGACGUAUGUGGACAUCGCCAAGCAGUUCUCCCUGCUGGGAUGGACCGCUUUUGGCGGCCCUGCUGCCCACAUCGGCAUCAUGCAGCGGCGCCUGGUGGACAAGUUGCACUGGAUGAGCACCGAAAUCUACGCAGAGCUGUUUGCGCUGUGUCAGUGCAUGCCAGGGCCGGCGUCCACUCAGCUAUCCUUCUCGAUCGGCAUCAUCAAAAGGGGCGUGCCAGGCGGCCUGAUCUCCGGCAUCUUGUUCCAGUACCCCGGGGCCUUCAUCAUGACGGCGGUCGGCGUGUUUGCUGCCAAGUACCUGGAGAACCCCCAGGGCGUGCUCAGCGGCCUCACCGCCGGCGUCUCGGCCGUCGGUGUGGCUAUGGUCGCGUCCGCCGCCAAGGCCAUGGCCGGCAAGCUCUGUGCCGGCUGGCUGCGCUCCGGCAUCUGCACCGCCGCCGUCGUGCUGGCCUACUACUGGCCUCAGGCGUACACGUUCCCCGCCGUCAUCAUCGCCGGCGGUCUGCUCACGCUGGCCUGGUCCUGGUUCCGCAAGGAGCCCGUGCCGCAGAACCUGGUCGACGAUGAGUCGAUCCGCAGUCACGGGCUCAACAAGGUGCAGGGCGGCCUCACGCUGGCACUCUGGGUGGCUGUGCUGAUCGUGUCCAUCGCGGUGGUGCGCUCGCUGCCGUCGCCGCCGCUGCUGCUCAAGUGGUGGGAGGCGUUCUACCGCAUCGGCAGCAUCAUCUAUGGCGGCGGCCAGGUCGUCCUGCCCAUGCUCUACACAGAGGUCGUGCAGCAGAACUGCGACGCCAGGACCCUCGUCUGUACCGACCGCCCCGACACCUGGGUCACCUCCAAGCAGUUCUACGCCGGCCUCGGCAUCGUGCAGGCGCUGCCCGGCCCGCUCUUCAACUUUUCCGCCUACCUUGGGGCGAUCAUGGCGAUCAACUCGGGGCACGUGUUUAUAGUGGGCACGCUGCUGGCCUGGUUCGGCCUGUUCAUGCCCGGCAUCCUGAUCAUCUUCGGCAUCAUGCCGUUCUGGGGCACCUUCCGCAACUGGGCGGUGUACAAGCGCGCACUGCCCGGUUUUAACGCCGCCGGCGUGGGCCUGAUCAUCACAUCCGUCUUCUCCCUCACGCUCGGCGCCCUGCAGGUGAGCCCCUUCCCGAGCACGUCCCUGUGCCUGGGCAUCAUCGCUUUCACAGCGGUGGACCAGCUCAAGCUCUUCGAGCCGGGGGUCGUCAUUGUCGGCGGCCUGCUGGGCAUGGCUGCCGGCGCCCUGCACAUGAAGUAG